AUGGACUGGAAUGCAAGACCACUCCAGAAUGUUGAUGCAAAUAAGAACCUGCAAAGUGAAGCAUGUUACACUCAGUUGUUUUCUAAUGCACAUGCUUUUCCUCAGACAAAUGCCUAUUCCUCUAAUAACGCAUGCACUUAUGUUGGAAAUAACCAGAUGGCGUAUGUGCCAACUAACAAUGUUGCCUUCCCUCCUGUAAAUGGUGCAGGAUUCAAAACUGCAGAUCAGGCCUUACCAGGAGCAUCCAUAGCUGGUAGUGAUUUUUUUGUCUCGAAAUCGGUUGAUCGACGUUCAUCGUCCUUUGUGCCAUUAGCUCCAAAACCUCCCAAUCAGGCAUCACGUUUGCGGCCAGAGAUGACUCAGCCUUCUUGGCCAAACUCUAAUGCCUGCACUUACCCCUUUAGAAAGUUACCUCCCCCAUCUUCUCAAAUGAACACAGGAAGUAACUUGAGGAAUGUACUUCUGGAACCUCAGUAUGUCUCCACAAACGGUUACACUGUGCAGCCACAAAUACUGCAGCAUAAUUCUGUGAGAACUUCAGUGUUGUAUCAAAGUAACGUCCAUUCUCAGAAUAAUUCUGUGUCUCUUGGUAGAUCUGGGCAACAUGUCCAAAACCAAAUAUAUCAUCCCAACAUUCAGUUUGAAGUUUCACACUCGCUGAAUCAAAAUACUGCAGCAAAUGUACAGCAGGUACAAUAUCGACCAAGUCAGAUGGGAUCAGAAGCUCCUAGCGGAUGUUCUGCACUCUCUUUGUUGCCUGCUAACUGUGAUUCCAGAGCUGUAGCACAGUCUUCAAUAGGUGUACCACAGGAAAUUCAAAACGUGCCUAAUGGAUACACCUUUAGCCAACAUAAGCUCCCAACAGAUCCAAAAAAUGCUUCUGGUUUUAACAGUGUUCAACAACACUGUCAGAAACAGCAAUCUGGAGAAGUCAGUCAAUCUGUUAGGAAUGUCUGUAAUUCAAGUGGAACAGCAAAUCAGUCUUUUAGUGAAAUGUCUGUGCCAUCCCCUGGCAUUUCCAAAGAACUGUGUAACAUUCUGCAAGAACUGGAAACUCUGCUAUCUGCUUCAAAGCCACAGAGUGAUCCUGCUUCAGUUCAAGAAAGUCACACUAGUAGUUUAAUGAAUGAGCCUGUUAAUUCUCAAAUUUCUUCAGCAGCAGCAAAUGGAAGAACAAUUACAAAGGACAAACUAGCUUGGGAAGCUCAAAGGCUGCUCACUAUUAAAAAAAAGUAUGUCCUGCUUGAAAAGAUGUAUCGUUAUAGAAGAAAACUCUUAGCAGCUUCAGACUGUAACAAAAGUACUCCGCCACUUCCUUCAAGUUAUCAAGACACUCUUACUGAUUGUCUUCCACAGAUGCCCAUUCAAAAUGUACCACCUUCCCCAUCUGAAACAGCAAAGACAGAGAGUCUGAUGAUUAACUCUUCACCUGAAGAAAGACAAACCAAAAACGUAGCCAGUACUGAUAACAGAGGAUUAGAGGUGACUCAAAGUACCCCUCAGGUGGAGCAGAGAAGCCUUUCAUCAGGCUCUGCUCCUAUUCCCUCUGAGAGCAAACUCCCAGCUCAAUUAAAUAAUUAUGAGAGCACUCCCAUCUCAGAACAAAGGGAUGCAUAUGCCUUGGCCUCUUCUCAAAAAACUGUGACAUCCUUGAGCAAUGUUUCAUGUUUUAGUCUAGUGGAUAGCUCUAUCAAAACUGCAUCAAAGAAAGUGCCAGCUAACCCCAAGACCUCAUCAUUUCUUCAGUUUGUAUUGAGCAGCACAAAUGUAUUGAAAGAGAAGACAGCUGGUGCUACUGCUGAUAAAAUACUGACUGAUCUCCUGUGUAGUGAAAAACCACUGGUAGAUACAUCUGCCUCAGGUGGAAACUUAGUAAAAGACACUAAUGAGAAGAACGUAAAAAGUUUAAAAGGUGAGCAGACAUUUAUGGUUCACACAAACUCUCCUGUAUCAGAAACAAAUGAAUCUGGUGAAGCUAAAUUCCAGAGUGAUGUAGCUCAGAAAAAAACACCAUUUACUGAAAAUACAUCUUUUAAACAGACCAAUCAUAAAUACUCUGCAUGUCUGGGCUUGCGGGGAAAGCAUCAGUCAGAAUCUGUGAGUGUGCAAAAUAGCCAGCCAAAUGGAAGCCCCACAACAAAUCAGAUUUCACCUUACAACCAAACCACAAAAAUUGGAGAACAAAAUAAUGUUCUAGUUAGUACAGAUGAAGCAAUUUUGCCUGUAACAACUGUUUGUGUAGGACAAAAACUUGAUACAUUGAAUUGCAAUUUGAUAAAAAGUUUUGAACUCCAAGUUGCAGUUGUCUCUCCUUUAGUACUUUCUGAACAGAGAACACUGAGUGAGCAGGCAAGCCAAUGUCCAACAUCUGGAGGUAAAACCAAUCCCGUGAUUGACUCAGGAAGCACAUGUAGCUUGCAAGAAGAGGGGAAAAAUGGUUCAAGUGUGGUAAAUACUGAUAAAGGAAUGAUAGAAACUGUUCAAUUGUCACCCAGUGACUGUGUUCUGGUACAGAAAGUGGACUCACAUUUACAACAGACCAAAUUAGCAAAUUCUGGAAACAGAAUAGUAAAAAACAGUGUGAGUGCAAAUGAUUCAUAUGAUGGAAACCAAAAGAAAGAUAGUCAAUCUGCACAAGAUACCAGAGAAAAUUUGCAGGCUGGAUUACAAAACAAGCCUUCUCUUCCUGAAUUGGGCAUAAAUUCUUCUAGUCGAGUCUUUCAAGAAGGCGUAAGUGACCAUAAAGACAAGCAAGCUGUGUUAAAGACAGGAGAUACAUCCGCAUCUGUGUUGGAAGAACAGAUGUUUUGUAUUUCUAGUGUAUGUUCUCUUGUUGAAGGUGAUACGUUUUAUAAUCCACAGAUAGCAAAUAUCUUCAGGUCAGUCCCUGAGACAGAUACGUUAAAUGGUACCUCAUCAAAAGGAAAUGCAUCUGACCCAAAGCAAAAGGAGCAAUGGCUCAACUUGUAUAAAAAUGAGCUGAGCAAUAACACUCCCCAAAGAAAGAGCUUGCUGCGAAAGAUGUUUGAAGAAUCACCAAGCUGCAUGAGUAAAGUAGGUAAGAUUUUGGAUGGUAUCACAACUAGUCACUUGGAGAAAGAAAGCAGUGAUGAGCCUCUUGAAACAAUUUCUACCUCAGAACAAAAAAUGUCAUUCAACGCAUCUUUCAAGCAUCCUGAAAAUGACUUGGAAAUUCUUGCUGGUGUAAACCAGGAGUUAGCUCAAAAUUCACUAGAUUUCUCAGUCAGUGGAACUUCUGAAACCAAUGCAUUCACUCUUCCAAGAGAUAACAAUGAACAAAAUUACAUGCCCAGUAAAAGUAGCACAGAAAAAGAGAUGAACCUUUUUGGAGCAGAAAUUAAAUGUCUGAGCAAUCAGCUGUCUGAACUAGUGAAAGAGUUUCCGUUUGGCAUUGAAGGUGCUGAUAUGCUGACAAAAGAAGUGGUACAAAAUGAUUCUGUGGCUGAGUGGGUGGAGAAUCAACCUCAAAAAGAGGCUCAGAUUGGUGACAAGAAUUCUCAUUUGAAGGACCCAGUAGAUCAGAUAAAAAUUUCAGUGUUAAGCUCUGAUCAGAUGCGAGAACUGUUUCCUGACUCCAACUGGCAUUUCUUUAGUGACAGCAAGAAAGUAGAGAGUCAACAAUCAGGAAAGGCUUCAUCGGAGAACGAGACCCUUGAGGGCAGUAUUCAGCCUAGUCAGAGUCUGUGCGAGAAGGAAAAAACACCACAAAAAACCUCUAACCUCAGGAAAAAAAAAGAUUGUUCUUCAACGGGGCAGCUAUCUGUAGCGUGUAAAAUGCCACAGUGCCCCUUUAAAACUGGAGUGUCUGGUUCAGAAAAAAAUGAUCAUCAACUUUCAAAAGCUGAAAAUACCAGCUCUGCAGAGAGACAGGAAAACAACGGUAAAUCUGAUGCCGUAUUGAAGAACAGUUGUGCAGUGGGAAACUUGCCCAUUUCUGAAAAAAUCCCAAACAGUGUUAGCGAAAGUCAAAAAGAUAUUUGCAAAUACACCCCUGUAGUGAACAAACAGGAAAAAAACGGACCACUUAAUUCCUCUGAAAACCACGAUGUUUGUAAAUCUAAAAGGAGUGACCGGAAGGAAGAGCUGCAAAUCGACAGAGGAACCCCAUUGUUAUGCAAAGAAUUUCAUUCUGACAAAAAAGAACAUCAGACAGUCUCAGAAGAGUUGUCAGAGAAGGCUGACCAUGCAGAUGCAGACAACAGGACAAGGACAACGUUACCCAAAAAGAAAGAGAAGGUUUUCAAAACGAAAUCCCUUUCAAAAGGUAAAACCAAAAGAGGUUUGGCCAUGAAAUCCAAAACAGAUGUUCACAAAUUUACAAAGUCAGAAACUGUUGAAGUCAAGCAUGCUGAAGUCAAUCAAGGACAAAAAAUUAAAACCUGUGAAGAGAACUCAGCUGAAGAACAGAACUGUAGGAAACAAAAAGAGAUACUUGGGCAAGAGAUAGAAAUUAACAUCAAAGAAAAAGCUAAAUUAUCAGUUGAAAUAAAACAUAAAAAGCUAAAUAGUUAUCGUGCUGAUGCAGUAAAGCUCCCAGAUUUCAGCACUGUAGACUUAAAAAACCACAAAUAUUCUCAGCAUAAAUCUACGAAAGUUCAUCCUUCACAGGAGCAGUUGUACAAACGGAAGAGGAAGGAAAAUAUGAUUGGGAGGAGAGACCCUAAGAAAGCAAAAGUGGAAGAGGAAGGACUGAAACAAUCUGAAGCAAAGAAGUCCAAGCAGCUUUCACGUAAUUGCAUGAUAAAUACUGACAAAGCUAAAAAACUGAAUGGCGAAAAUGGCUGGAAACCGAAGAGUUCAUUAGCAGAUCGCUCUGUCCUUAAACUCCAGAGAAAAAGGGCUCGAUCUUCUACCAUCUCCAAAAACUACUUUUCUAACAAGGAGAGACGUCUGGAUGGUCAAAGCAAAGACAAGUGCUCUGAGAAAAUGUUUCCUGAUAAAAACCUGCUGUACUUAAAUAGAAGAAAUAACAGAUUAAAAUUGCACCUUCAAAAGGAACCAAAAAAGCAGUACCUGAACAGAGUUGCAUUUAAACGUACGACACAGGAACGCAUAUAUCUGACAAAAUUAGAGACAUCGCCUGUCAGACCUGUCCACCAUAUAAAGCCCAAAGCAUCACAAAACGGCCCAGAUGCAAAAAGAGACGCUUCUCUCUCAGAAGUUGAGAAAUCAAGCAAACUGGAAGUACUUGAAUUUAAGCUGUGUCCAGAGAUACUGUUCAAAGAUCCAACCACUGAUGAAGAAAGCUUAGCUGCAAAGAAUGCCAUGGAAAGAGAGAAAGCCGUUGUGACAGGUGUCAAGAGUAAAAAAGAAGACUGGUUAAAAUGUGAUACAGUGAAGCAAAAAAAGCUGGAAGAGACCUCUACAGCCGAGGACAGUAUUCCACUUGAUACAGCUAUACAGAUCCUGGAUGGAGGUGGCGAGGCUCUUCACAUUCCAGUCAAAGACUCAAAAGAGAUGUUUCAUACAUACAGGAAAAUGUAUCUCGAAAAAAAGAUGCGAAAGCCUUGA